CAGUCAGCAGCAUUAGGCAAGGAGAAUCACUUCCCUCAUCACUCUGCGUGUGAUAUCUCUCUGUCAGCUGUGUGCAUGUGUGUGAACAGUAUGAUUUCUUUAUUACUGAAUGUGUCUGUGACUGCGACGUGUCUCUGUGCAGUUUACAUUUAACACUUAAAGCAGCGAUCAUGUUUAACCACCUCAGAGCUCGAAGCAGGAGUUUAUUCUCCAGCUACAAGCCCGGCAGCCGGACUCAAGAGGUCAAAGAAACGGUGGAACACCUGGACUUGAUCAGCGCCUUCAUUAAACCAUGGAACUCCAUGCAGGACCUUGGCAGAGACAUCUACGAUAUUUAUGCUGAGUAUGAAAACGAGGAGGUGGAAGAUCGAUUGCCAGUGUCUCCCUCCCGCUUGCUGAAUUCUCCAACCAAACACUUCAUUCUCAACAUCAAUGUUGGAGGAACGGUGUAUCACCUGCCUUACAGGUUAGCCGCCAGGUAUCCGAAGACUCGGAUCGGUCGCUUGGCCACAUACACAGACCACAGCAGGAAGCUGGACCUCUGUGAUGACUACGUCGUCCAGCGCAACGAGUUCUUCUUUGACCGCGACCCAACAAUUUUCCACAACAUCUUUAAUUUCUACAGAACUGGAGUGUUGUGGAUUAAAGACGAGCUGUGUCCCCGAAACUUCCUGGAGGAGAUAAACUACUGGGGGGUCAGAAUCAAAAACAGCCAGCGCUGCUGCCGGAUCUCCUUUGAAGAGAGGCAGGACGAGCUGAACGAGCAGCUGAAAAUACAGAAGCAGCUGAUUACAGAGAUGGGCGAUCUGGUAGAAACAGAGGAGAAUGAGGUGUUAUUUAACGGCAUGGCCUUUGGGCAGACCCGGAGGAAAAUCUGGAACCUAAUGGAGAUGCCAUUCUCCUCGAUCACAGCCAAGCUUGUGGCAGUCGCAUCCUCCAUGUUUGUGCUGGUGUCGCUGGUCGCCAUGACCCUCAACACCGUGGAGGAGAUGCAGUACAAGACACCAUCAGGUGAGCCCAGUGGCAGGUUCUACGGCGAGUACGUCGAGACGUUAUGCAUCACCUUUUUCACCCUGGAGUACCUGCUGCGCCUGAUCUCCACCCCUGACCUGAAAUGUUUUGGACGCAGCAUGCUGAACACAGUUGAUCUGAUCGCUAUCCUGCCACACUACUUGCAGAUGAUCUUGGAAUGCUUUGAAGACAAGGACAUCCACGUGCACUCUGGAGACAUUGAGACAGUAGCACGUGUCGGGAAGGUUGGGCAGGUUCUGAGGAUCAUGCGUCUGAUGAGAAUCUUCAGGAUCUUGAAGUUGGCUCGUCACUCAACGGGCCUCAGAGCCUUUGGCUUCACGCUAAGACAGUGCUACCAGCAGGUGGGAUGUUUGCUGCUCUUUAUCGGCAUGGGAAUCUUCAUGUUUUCAGCCAUGGUGUACACAGUGGAGCACGAUAGCUACAACACCAACUUCACCUCCAUGCCACACGCAUGGUGGUGGGCUGCUGCGAGUAUUUCCACAGUGGGCUAUGGCGACAUGUACCCAGAGACCAACCUUGGACGUAUCUUUGCUUUCGCCUGCAUCUCCUUUGGCAUCAUUCUCAAUGGCAUGCCCAUCUCCGUCCUUUACAACAAGUUCUCUGAUUAUUACACCAAGCUCAAGGCCCAUGAGUACACUGCUGUGACCAAGGCUCGUGGGAAGAUGGGCUUUGCCAGGAGGGCAGCAAAGAAGUUCUCAGAGUUCUGCGAUGACAGCAUUCACCAAAAGUGAUGACAGUAGCUUGUAGAAGUUUUAAGAGAAGAAUUACAAACAUGUGUUUGUGACAUGUGUGACAGGUUCCUGAUCACACAUACUGCAGACAGUACCUGAAAUUUCCAUAACAGCUAGACUCUAUCUGGAUGAACUGCUGGAUGGUGCGAUGCUGCUGGAAACUUCCACCACCAACAACACUUUUCUGAUAUCAGUUAGGUGGUGUACAGGUAAAUAGAAGCCAGGAAUUGUACUUGUCAUUCUACCUCUUUUUUUCAGGUUAUUCGGUUAUUUUUACAAAUUGUUCUCACAAUGUUCAAAGCAAUAUUAUUGUUCAUAAUAGAACUAUUUGACUGUUCAGAUGCCAGCACUGGUGGAAGUGGAAACUAAUGUGGCAAGAGACAUUUCAGUGAAACAGCUUCCAGAAGCCAUUUAAAGUCAAACUUGAGGACUUUCUGGCCAAAGAAUUGGCAAACCUGUUUAUUUAUGCAUACUUUCAUCCAUCCUCCCAUUAUACAUGAUGUAAUCCCGCCCAUUAAAAAAACCAAAAAAAACCCCAGUUGGUUUAAAUUUGGUUACUAUACUCUUGCUCUGUUGUGCUCCCUGCAACUCCUAUUGGCUUCGCAGUGCAAACCUUUGGGGGUGUAUGACCUUAACAGAUAACCAUGGACCUGAUAAACUGACUUAGUUGGUGUUUAAUGCACCACCACUUCUUCUUGCUAGGUCAUGCUCUCCUGGCUGCAGUGUUUAAAUUUCUUUGUGUGUAAACUUAGAUUAUUUAGAAAUUGAAUAAAAACUCACAUUUCUAAAUGAUCCGAUGUCAGUCUCAAUUUUAUGUUUUAGCUUUGUGAGCUGGGUAGCAACAAAAAUUCAUGUUGUAGGCCAGAAGUACCGAUCCUGGACAAGCCCCCAAAUUUAUUUUUAACCAAGGUUUAAAUACAUUUUGUAGAGGCAUAUCUGCCUCUGUUCAUGAACACUCCCACAAAUGCUCCUGGUCACAUUCCUGACCCGAAGUAUCCCAGGUCUCAACUCUCACAAGCAAUGAUCCUUGGCACAAAAGUCAACGGUUAGUUUUACACAGAAGGGAUUUAAAAUGAUCAGGACAGGAUUUCUAGAGAGUGACCCAAACUGAAAGCAGCACUGUAAACAGUUCAGUGGUGCAAAAGGAGAUAACCUUGAAGGGGGGCUGUGGCCAAAUUUAUAUGUAGUAUCACUUUUGCUUAUUAUUGUUGUACAAAGUUUUUUUUUUUUAAAUUCCAAUUCUCAAAGUCAAAAAAAUGUCCUCUGAAUUAAAGGUGUUUAUUUAUUUCAAACCUGUCUGUGGUGAAGCUGUUAAAGCCUCCAUCCCCGACAUGGGACCCGAUAACAUUGAAACAUCCAACAUCUGGACAGUGCCUGAGAGACCUGUUUAUCUGCCCCAUGAGUCUCUGUAAGAAUGAAACUGUUUCUCAUCGUCUUGUCUUCAACAGUUUGUGUACAGAACUUUCUAUCCUCAAAAUAUGAACUGUAUCUCUGGAGCCGACAACCUUCUUUUAUAAAAUAUCAGAUUUUUUUUAAGCAAUUUCUUGCUUCAAAUGGCAAAAAGAAUUGAGCCAGGUUCUUUCACAAGAAAGCAACAUUUUAAAAAAGCGAUGUAGUCAAAUUACACGUAUGACAUUGUCAAAGAGGACCCAUUAUGUUCAUUUCCCCUCCAUAUUUUUAUUCUUAGGCUCUACAGGAGUGGCUUUGCAUGAUUCAGAGUUAAAAAUUAUUUAUCUUACAGGUAUUGCCAGUCCAUUUACCAUGAGCACCAACCAUUGGAACAAUAUCUAUGGCAGAAAUGUGACAGGUUCUUCUGCUCACUGAAAUAAACCAACAUUUUAAAGUCUACUUUGACAAUGCUCGUUGAUUACUUGCUUGCUCACACUCAGGUUUUGGGGUUCUG